AUGACGCGUCCAAAUAAAUUCAAAACGCCGAAACUAGCCGCCCGCCAUACAACCACUAGAUCCCCAAAAGCGAGCAAGAUCCUGCCCACUAAGCCUCUCAUAUCAGACGACACGCAAGCCGAGACGCCUCCCCGUGGUACCAAGCGAAAACGGACCGCCAGGCAGGAGACAGAUGACGAGCAGGCGCCUCAGUUCGCCCCAGCAAAGGCUCCCUCGGCAAUCAAGGCCGCAACAGCGCCAGCACAACCAGCAGCGGAUUCCCUCUCAGUCUCCCUCCCUGCGACUACCACCGCGCCGCCAUCUUCCUCGCUCUUCCCCUCCGAGAUUGAAGCGCUGAAAGUCAAAUAUACACUCCACACGCACCCGAUCACCUCGUCCUCUAAGAUGCACACAAAAGUCGUGUCAGUACUCUCGCAGCUCACGAACGAGGCGUCCGCUGCAGUAGAUCACACAGACGCGCCGAAGAAGGCUGAACGUACCACAAUAGUAGCAUUGAGCGCCAGAUCUAAGGCAGCAACGAAGCUGGUCAGCGUGGUCGAAGUUGUGAAGCGGGAGCUGGAUGGUAGGGGGUUGGGGUGGUGGCAGUACAGCGGGGUGCAUGGCAUCUUGGAUGAGAUGGGGGAAAAGGAUGGGGGCAGCGCAGAUAGCGCGGGCUUGAGGGGUAAGAAGAGGACUCAUGGGAGUGAGGGUGAAAGCGAAGGUGAGGAAGACGGUGAGGAGGAGGUUUUUGAGAAGAUGAGAGUUCCUGGAGAGGAGGAGAGGCAGAAGGUGCGGCAGAUACCGGUCAUCACGAUAUACAUGAGCCGGAUGCCGGUUCCGGAGCUGAGGAGAAGGUUCGGGGAGCAGGCCUCGACGGCUGCGAGCAGUUGA